CUUUCUGUCGACUGACUAUGUCUGACCUCUCUCUGUCUGCGCUGUUUAAUGUCAGGGGCAAGAUUGUGCUCGUUACCGGCGGAAGCUCUGGGAUUGGAAAGAUGAUGGCGCUGGGGUUCGCGCAGAAUGGUGCAAAGGUUUAUAUCGCUGCGAGGAAAGAGGGGCAGCUUAAGGAGGCUGUCGCUGAGAUCAAUAAAGUCGCGUCGGGACCUAAAGCUGACUAUAUUGCUGCCAACGUUGGGUCCAGAGCGGGGUGUGACGCACUCGUCGCAGAAUUCCGCAAACGCGAAAACAAACUCCAUGUUCUCGUGAACAACUCUGGGAUAACAUGGGGUGGACCGUUCCUUGACUUUCCCGAGGAAAAGGGAUGGGAUAACGUGUUUAGUGUGAAUGUGAAGAGUAUCUUUUAUAUGACAGCAGGGCUUUCAGACCUCCUGAGCAAAGACUCGAACAACAUCGACCCCGGACGUGUGAUCAACAUUUCCUCGACUGCCUCUGUUGAGCCUGGUAGUGAAGGUUCGUUGAGCGGGCAGGGCAACGGGACAUGGAGUUACCAAGCGAGUAAAGCUGCAGUGAACCACUUGACAUCGCAGCUGGCAGUCAAACUUGCCUCUUCGCACGUCACCGUCAACGCCAUCUGCCCUGGGUUGUUUCCGAGCAAAAUGACUGCAUUUGGUAUCAGACAAGUCGGCGAGGAAGCGUUUAACGCCGAGCAGCCUACAGGCCGCUUCGGAAUGGCAUCGGACAUCGCCGGUCUCGCGAUCUUCCUCUCCUCCCCCGCAUCCGCACACAUUACGGGGACACAUACCCUCCUGGACGGAGGCUCGCGGUUCAGGCGCCACGCCGUCGCUCCUGCUCUAAAGCUAUAAAAGCGUUCAUAUGUAUCUAACUAUCUUAUUUACUAAUGCUAAGGAGGGAUAUAUACCAU